AGGCAAUCUACUACGUAGAUUUUCUCAAGCAUAUAUACACCUGAUUUUUGCAACAACCGCGACACAAAAACCACGACUGCGACGUACCUACUCGCUAUCUUUUUCACGACGUUUAGAUAUGGGAUAAGGGGGUGACGAACUGAAGAGCACACGACGACCGGAACGUAAGUACUUACAGCAUAGGAGGACCUCGCUCCAGCUUUAGUGUUGUGGUCUCACUCACUUGACUCAUUUUUUCAACAUUCUUUGCCGAUUUUCCACUCCGUCCUUUCUAGAUCUUCUUUUCAUUCGAAAGAAGUUUUAUUUUUAAUACUACCUCGCCACCCAUGCCCUGUUUCUACCACGCCACCUCUUGGCGCAACGCCGAGAGCAUCGACAGUAACGGCUUCGUCAUUGGAUGGGGCGGGCUCGCCGGCCCGGGAGUGUACGUUUGCGAGACGGAAGACCAGGCCUGUCGCCGUUGCCGGGGACCAGCCGAUAUGAAUUUUGCAAGAGUACUAUCGUAUGUAGGGGUAAUUGCAUCACAAAUUAUUUGUUAUUGUUCAGCAUAAGAGAGCGAAUUGGAAUUUGUAAUGCGGAUUCGGCGUCAAUAAGAGACUUGUGAUGCAUGAAUGCAAGUACUACGAGUGCGAAACUUUUGCAAUGCAUAACCGAUGUGGUUUUCCAGGUGCGGACGUGGUAUUGGCCUGACGCGGCGCCGGUUCCGGGAAACUACAUUAUUUACAUAUCAACUGCAAAAGUGUCUGGGUCUGGAAGAUUCUAAACUUGUAAUGCUGUCGCUGGAUUCAUCUAAAAACAUUUGUAUUGCAUGACCAGCAAGAGGACUCCAGUUUGUGCUACACGGACAGGGCAUUUCUCAUGCGGUAGAGGCAUCACAAAGUCCUCUAGCAAUAUGUGAUGCUAGGGCAUGCAUCACAGACAUCAUGGGUCAUUCAAAAUAUGCAUGACAAACCUGGCAAUCUUCCAGACCCAGACACUUUUGCAGUUGAUAUUACAACCCGAGCCACGAAAUUCAGUCCUAUCGGUGGUAUUGGGACUGCCAGCAUGGGUAUUCGUAGAUGCAAAUAUUAAAGCGAACGGCUGUUUUUACAACUGCAGCCUUGUUGACAGAAGCCCAAGCCUCGCUUGGCGGACGGGGACAAGGUGCGCGGGUGUAAGUCGUCCUCGUCUAGUGUGACAACGCUGGUGGGUUUUAACUUUAUUCCUUGAGCUGAAGCUUCUUCAAGGCACGAAAAAGACAGUGUAAGAUGAUAAUAGCGCAACAACAAACUACAACUACGGUUUUGGUGUGAAAGGUUCAAAUUGCUGGUGGAACAUGAACAAUGACAGUCUCCUAUGAUUCAUCCUUCCGGUAAAAAUAUUACUACCUGCUAGAAGAAUUCUUGUCUUCGACAUUACGAUCAUCCUUUCCGCUGAGGUGGUUCAGAAACUCUCAACUCUAUUGACGUUUUUCCAUGCGUCGAAAAUCGUACAGAAAAAAAAAGCCUAAACUUAACUGAGACGGAUUUUGCAAAAUAAAGAUACGCCUUUUGAUAUUUCCGUGGUGGAGCCAGCUAACUCCAAC